CACAGUCUCACCGUGUCACGAACCCCCGGCUUUCCUUGGCUAAGAUGGCCCAUCUUCGGCCGCCCACCUUAAGCCCACCGUAUUUAGUCACCUGCAGGCAGAACUCCCAGCCCGUUUCUAGCUUCUCCAGUGAUCGAAUCACAUCCCGGAGUUUGACGAGACUCGGACGUGCCUCCAGCCCACGACUGCGGGCAAGGUCCUCCUGGGGUCACCACUCGUGCCGGUCCAAGAUAAAAGACUCAGGCCUCCCCCGGGCCAACUAUCGCAGUCUCUCCCCGAGGGACCUCACCGCAGACCUUGCAGUCUUGACUGUCGGUUGGACCGUUUGUCCUUGCCCGCACUUGAACCCCGCUGUCAGCACUUGAGCCCGAGAGUACUUGCUUAUACUCAAGUGUUCGCUCCCGAAACAUUGUGUUUGGUCUGAGCAACUUGUUCCCUGUUUUUCUUUCCUUCUCUUUUUCUUCCACAAGAUACCCCUCAACCUGCACUACUACGACAACCUUGCGAUACCCAUCACCAUGAAUGGCAUAAACGACCUCCUCAGGGACGCAAACACCACCGCCCCCUUUUUGCAGGACUUCCUAAGCAAGAUACCAGGGCUCGGUUGGCUCCAGAGCUUCGUCUCGCAAUGGGUCAAGCUUGAUAUCACCACCGUCGCCGCUGCCCUCACCAUUCUUGGCACCAUCUCCGGCGUUCUCGGUUUCUUACAAGCCAUUGCCGUCAAAUUAUACUGGUACAUUACCCGCUUCUUCACCGCCUCCGUCUCCAUAAACGCCAGAGACAAGCUCAACCGGGAAGUCCUCAACUGGCUGGGUGCGCAGGUUCUCGUAAGGCAGGGCACGCGUAUCGUCACUGCACGUUCCGAGCAGAUCGAAAGCGACGCCUUCUAUUACCGUCGAGCACCCGAGCCUCGGGAUGACUACAGCAUGGAUAAGCGGAAGCCAAUCCAGUACCUCCCUACCUUUGGUACCACCUGGUUCACCUAUGAGAGAAACGUCUUCAUUGUGCGACGUGUCUCGGCCAAUUCCACCGGCAUGUCCUUUGUGGACCAGGUACCCGACGAGUUCGCCGCUGCCCCGGAAGGAGACGAGCCCCUGAUCGUCAUGUGUCUCGGUCGGUCCGUUGAGCCGAUCAAGCGUUUCCUCGAUGCCUGUCGUGACUUUGCCGAGAAGGAGCGCGAAUCGUACGUGACAGUCAGAGCCUCAAAGUCUCAAUAUGGCGAUGAGUCCUGGGAGACCACGAUCCUGCGCCCCAUCAGGCCUCUCGAGACCAUCCACUUCGACGAAAAGGUCAAGGCAGAGCUCGUGGCUGACAUCAGGAACUAUCUCGACCCGGCAACCCGGCGCUUUUACACACAGCGUGGGAUUCCAUACCGCCGUGGAUAUCUCCUGCACGGACCCGCAGGCACCGGGAAAACGAGUCUGUCCCUUGGUCUGGCUGGGCUCUUCGGCCUUGAGCUUUACCUCCUACACGUGCCGAGCGUGCGCACAGAUACCGACCUCGAACGGCUCUUCACCACACUUCCACCCAGGUGUUUCAUCUUGCUCGAAGACAUCGACGCAGCUGGCAUCAAGGACCGCGGCAACUUCGAUAAAGAGGACCAGGAAGGAAACGGGGAAGACGAGGACGACGACGAAGACCGGUCGCACUACGGCCCCCGCUGCCACAUCUCACUGUCCGGCCUCUUGAACGUCCUGGAUGGCGUCGCAUCCCAGGAGGGCCGCAUCGUGCUGAUGACUUCCAACUUUGCCGAACGGCUUGACCGCGCUCUCGUCCGACCAGGCCGCAUCGACAGGAUGAUCUUCCUGGGCAACAUAUCGCAACGGAGCGCAGAGCUGAUGUACAAGCGCAUGUACGAGUUCGACCCGUCCAACCCGUCGGCCCAGGCGCUCCAGGCCACCAUCGGGGAGGAGAAGCUGCAGAAGCUGGCACUUGAGUUCGGCAGCGGGAUCGCGGACAACACAUUCACGCCGGCCCAGCUGCAGGGAUACCUGCUCAACUGGCGGAGCGACCCCCAGGGCGCCGUCGACAACCUGGCCGAGUGGGCCAAGAUGGAGAUCGCCUCGAUGGAGGAGGCCAAGAAGCGCGCGAAGGAUGCCGCAGCAGCCAGGAAGAAGAGGAGGCAGAAGCAGCUCCAGCUCGUGCUGGGCUCCAACGUGGGCGUGCAGGGCGGGGUGCCGAACAUGGCGCUGAACGGCCUGCAGGGACAGGCCAUGACCGGAAUGCCCACGCCGCCUCAGAGUGCUGUCAGUUUUAAGCCGCAGAGCGGCGAGUCUUUUGAGCCAGUGGAUGUUGGUUCGGAUAACGAAACAAAAGAGAUCAACAAGGAGAAGAUGACGGAGACACAGGCCGCGGUGUAGUUCAAGGGGCAUGAUGGCGUUGGGUUGUCCUACUUGGGCCGGCGAUUCGCCGACUGCUGGUAUCAGUCCAUUUGGUCAUUCUUUGGCGUUCCUCUGGCAUGGUCACUUGCGAAUAGAUCUUUUUUGCCGUUGUUAGGGACGCAAUGGAAAUCAAGUCUUUGUACCACAUGUGUGGAGUCACUAAAUAGAGAGAAAGCAACGCAAUCACGUGAGACACUCAACGUUUAUUUUCUUUUUGACAUUUUGUGAAAGUUUUGGGGAAAAGGUCAUUAUCUUUGGCAGCUCAGCGGGCGAAUGGCAUGGAUGGCGUUGUUUGACAUCUGGAAUGCUUCUCCCUACAUGAAGAUCGCUUAAAUAUUGAAUUCCUUUGAUGAUGAAA